UUGUCCGCAACACCUUUCACAUAGUACAAUUAGUAAUAUUUUGUAACAAAAUUGUUAAAUAACAGCUCGAAAUGUGUUUUAUUUAGUACUGAUAUAUUUAGGAAUAUAUAUAUUUAAAAUAAAUUUGAAAUCUCUCAUUAAGUCCCCGAAAUAUCAGUCCCUAGGCAUGUCCGCACUCCAAAAUUUUAUGUUUGGGCACACAUAUUUAUAGAUACAUCAACUGUAUACUUUAUUUGCUUUAACCACUGUCUAGUUUAUCAUAUUUACACCAAAUUUUAUUCAUAUUUUGUAGUUUAAAUAAAAAAUAAAACGAUUUUUUAAAGUUAAUAAAGUGUCCUCGAUUUAAUACGUCAUUCCCUAGCCAGACCAAGAUUUUAAAAUUUCGCGCACAAAUAUGAAUAAAGAGUGAAUGACAUGUAUUCGAUUUAAUAGUACGACACCAAUUUAUCCAUAGACCAUAGUCGCUGAGAGGCGGCCAUUUUGUAAAUUAGUGCGAACGCGGCAGUUGUUGCGGAAACACGUGUGGAUCCAGUCACUUUGUCAUUCCCUCGAAAAAUGCCACCAAAAAAGAAACCAAAAUUGUCCAAAGAGGAUAAAGCCCUUAAAAAAUCAGCCGCCGCAAAAGCUCGAUUGGAAAAAAUCAAGAGUGAUCCAAUUCUGUUGGCAGAAUACAAAGAGAAAGAAAGACAGAAAUAUUUAAAAAAGAAAGAGAAGGGAUAACGUAAGUCUAUUCAGGAUAUGACCCCACGCAAGCAGAGAAAAAUUAGAAAAAAAUGGAAAAAAUAUUCUACUGAUUACAGAAAGAAGAAAACAAUUACAAAAGACUGUGAGAAUUAUGUUGCUUAGAAUACGCCACCUACAUCUGAAAAUGAAGAAGAUAUAGCUCCAGAACCACAGAUCAUUAAUAACAAUAACGAAGACCUUAGACAAGUGGAAGCUAAAAGAAGAAGUCGACAUCAACGGAAGAUAAGAAAUAAAGUGUUACAGGAAAAAUGUGCACUUAUUGAUAAGUUAAAGAAGAAACUUAAUACUCAACAGAAGAAAUACAGUAGACUGAAACGAAAAAUUAAGAAAGCGAAGAAAUUGCUCACACCUAAAAGUAAAAUAGAACAAAUGGCAGAAGAUCCUAACCAAAGUAGAGAACUGGUCAAAAAGGCUUUCUUUGGUGAAAUUUUGCAAGCUCAAAUUACAGAGAAUAUUUCAAAAGCUCGAUCUCAUCAAGAAAAAUCCAACUUCAAACAACUUUUGUCUGGUCCCAAAGUAGAAAAAUAUAAACUUUGGCGACAAGGUUUUAACUCUUUGUUGUAUAACAAGAUUCGGCGCAAAGCUAUUAAACGUAGUGAGAAAACUAAGAAAGAUUUAAUAGUUGAAAUGGUUCACAGAUUUUAUGAAGACGAUAGCAUUAGUCGCGCUGCAGCUGGCAAAAAGGAGUGCAUUACUCGCAAUAAAAUCAAAAAACAAAAACGGUAUUUGCUAGACUCAUUGGAAAAUAUACACCAAAAGUUUCUUCAAACAAGGACAUUGACAAUUGGAUAUUCACUGUUUUGUAGAUUACGUCCAUUUUGGGCUGUUCCCCCUAAACUAACAGAUCGCGAUACUUGUGCCUGCAUAAUACAUGAAAAUAUGAAUCUAAAAUUGUCUGCUUUAAAAAAAUCUAAGAUUCUGCACUUCGACAAUUAUCAAACAGGAUUACAGAUACUUUGUUGCAAUCGUUAUUCCGAAAAAUGCUUAUUGAGACAGUGCAACGGUUGCUCUACUAAAGUUACUUUCCUUAAAGUAUGCAAUAAAUACAUACAUACAUACAUAAAAUCACGCCUCUUUCCCGGAGGGGUAGGAAGAGACUACCUCUUUCCACUUGCCACGAUCUCUGCAUACUUCCUUCGCUUCAUCCACAUUCAUAACUCUCUUCAUACAAACUCGGCGGUUUCGGGUACUUUUGACCUGACUCUUUACCAGGACGUCCUUAAUUUGAUCAAGAUACGUUCGUCUAGGUCUUCCCACUCCGACCUUUCCCUCCACACUCUCCUUGUAUAUCUGCUUAGUCAACCUGCUUUCAUUCAUCCUCUCCACAUGACCGAACCAUCUCAACAUACCCUUUUCUAUUCCUGUAACUACAUCUUCUUUCACAUCACAACAUUCCCUUAUCACGCUGUUCCUUAUCCUGUCACUCAAUUUCACACCCAUCAUACUCCUUAACGCUCUCAUUUCCACUGCAUUUAUUCUGCUUUCAUGCUUCUUUCGCCAUACCCAACUUUCACUCCCAUACAUAAAUGUCGGGACCAACACGCUCCUAUGCACAGCCAGUCGAGCCUUUUUGGAUAGUUUCUGACUGCUCAUAAAGGCAUGCAAAGCUCCAUUCACCAUGUUCCCCGUGUUCACUCUCCUUUCAAUAUCACUAUCAUACUUGCCAUGAAGUGUUAACGAGUUAUGUUUUUUGUCUUGUUUUUAUAAAUAAAUAUGAUUCCAAAUGCAUAACCAACUUAUUUUAUUACAAUAUCACUAUUGAUUAUCAGUCCCUAGGAAUACCUAUCAGUCCCUAGAUGCCCAAUAAUCAGUCCCUAACUAGAGCUGUCAGUCCCUAGAUGUCUAAAUUGGAAAAACUCCAAAUUUCUCCUAAAAUAAAGGAUAAAAUGACUGGCCCUUUUAGGUGUAAGAUAGUUAAUCAAUUACACGUGAUAUACACUACUCAAGUAUCCAAAAGCAUCUUAAAAAUCUUUAGGACAAAACAAAAUCAGAAUUAAUCAGAUUUUUGUGGAAUGACCCAUAUA